GGCCCGCCGCUUUCUGCUCGAAAAUAUGGCGAAUGUGGUUCGGCAGUGCCCCUUCCAGUGCUUCUCCUGCCGCUUUUAUUGCAACACCGAGGACACGUUCCUCCGCCAUUGGAGGUCCGAGCUUCACGCCAAAACCCUCGAGCAGAUAAGCGGCAGCUACAGAUGCACCCCGUGCGACUUUUGGUGCGAGGAAAACGAGGCUAUGGAGUGUCAUCUGCUCGACCCGAGCCACCGAGACGUGGUCUCGAUGAUGAACGGCUCGGUGCCGAUCAUGAUAGGGCGGCAACGGGGCCUGCCGUGCGCCGGUUGCGACCGCCGGUUUCGUUACAACUUGCAGCUUCGUAUACACGCGAAGGAGACGGGCCACGAGGAGAGUUUGACGGCGAGCGACGAGUAUCAGCAACGGAUGAAGUGCAAGCUGUGCCCGCGGGUAGUGAGGUCGUUGGUGGCGCUUCAACGCCACCAACUGUCCUGCCACGCGGCGAAGACGGCGAAGGGGGGCGGCGAGGGCGGCACGGCCCCCCCUUUUUGCCCGUUCUGCUCGAUGAACUUCGCCACUGCGAGGGAGGCUGUUCUCCAUCGAAGGACGUCCAGCCACAAAGAGGUGGUGAAGGCUCGGAAGAGUAGCGGGGGCGCGACGGCGGCCGCCACGAUCGGUCGACAGGGCCCCCAUUGCGAGGAGAAACAGGCGAAUUUGUCGGACCACAAGAGCCAUCUUCUCGAUCGUCAUCCAGAGCUUUGUUACAGAUGUCCGAGAUGCGGCACGCUUUUCGCCCUGUCCCAAGACGUGACCAGGCACACGAGGGAGAACAAGUGCCAGGAGGAGGACGAGGGGACGAAGGCGAAGGGUGGCGAGGGGUGGAGGUGCGGGGAGUGCAGUUUCUCGACCGAUUCCCGGUCGGAGUUCAUCUUCCACGAGGCCCUUCACGCGGGCCCCGUGAAUCCGUCGGGGGCGCCUGAGAGAGCGGGGCCCGCCAGGCCGUUGGCCAAGUACUCCUGCCCCGUGGGCAAGAGGGCGUUCGCCAAAGUGUCGUUGCGGAAUCACAUCAGGAGUCACACGGGGGAGAGGCCGUUUCCUUGCGCCAAAUGUCUGGCCCCCUUCUCGAGGAGAUCCGACCUGAACGCCCAUCAGAAGGAGUGCACGGGGUCGUCCGGAUGGCCGGAUGGCGGGUCGUCCGGGAGGAAGCGCGGUUUCGCCUGCUCCGAGUGCAACAACGCUUUCUACACGAAGCACUCGCUAAGGCAGCACAUGCUUCGACACGCUGGGAAGAAGUACAAGUGCGGGCUUCCGGGAUGCCCGACCGUGCUUCGAACAGCGUCCGAGCUGAGAUCGCACGUGAGCUUGGUUCACGACGCUACGCCGUCCACCAGACGUUACAAAUGCUCGGACUGCACUUACGCGGCCAAGACGAGGACCCAGCUUCGACGCCACCGUGCACGCCACGACGGAGCGGAGAACGCCACGAAAUCGGAUCUUCGCCCCUGUCCAUACACUGGAUGCGCUUUUCGUACUAAGAUCGCUUCUCAUUUGCAACGACACGUGCGCCUCCAUACGGGCACUAAGCCGUACAAGUGCCGCCAUUGCUCUUACGCGAGCAACAAUUUGGAGAAUCUCAGGAAACACGUGUUGUCGACGAAUCUGCAUCCAGGCAAGACGAUUUACGAAUGCGACGUUUGCCAAGGGAACAAUCCGGAACCAUUUCGAACGAAUUUCGCGAAAGAACUUCGCGCACAUUUGUUGGAAGUGCACAGUGACACGUUUUCUACGCCUGGCCACGCGAACGACUACGUUAUCGGGAUUUUUAAAGUCCAUCGGAGCACGGAUUUCGUCGACGAGCCGAAUUAAUCGGUUUCGAUCGUUUCGCUUUCCCGAUGGAACGUUGGAAAUUUACGACGGCACGUGCGUCUUAAAAUUGGUAAAAGGCGACCCGCAACGGUUCACUUCGGCACACCGCGGCAACAUCUUUCAAAUAUAUCUUUCGGAUCGACGAUUGCUCGCGGGAGUAUCGUUGAAUUAUCCUCGAUGCACCCGGCAUAGCGCACGGAUGCGCGUUAGUCCUGGACGUUGUUGUUGUUCUCUCUCGUUGUUCGCGAUCGUGCGAACCGGUAGGCCUGUACCACGCCAGGAAAUAGUUAAAGUGAUGUACGGUCACGUGGCACGAUACGUAAGCACUUUAGACGCGUAUACGAUCGAAUCUUUAUAUCCCUUCGAGUUUUGAGAUAUUAUGAGAAUCGUUCGAGUUCAUCCGCCAUAAAUUAUCAUGGAUAUAUAGCCGUAACCCGCAUUUACGUUCUAAUUGGUUUCGUAAGUCGAAAAAGACGUAUAUCGAAAUGAACAUGAAGUAUAUAAAUACAUAGAUACGAUUUUAAAAAAUAUAUCUAUAUAGU